AUGAUUUCUAGUCGGACAUGCGCAGCGACAGAGAAGAAGGGCUACCGCUACUGCGCUGAUGACAUUCUCUGCGCGCACUAUGCACUCAAAGCUGCCCCGAAUGCCCACAGCUUGUUGGAUUUGGGCUCUGGUAUUGGGACAAUAGGUCUCGCCUGGCUGGCCCAGCAGCCGCGUGGAACUGCGAAGGUCACCAUGCUGGAGGCUCAAGAUGUCAGCGUGUCUCUUUGUCGCAGGACGCUCCGAAUGUGUCAGGUUCAGGAUGAGGUGGAGCUAAGGCAUGCAGACCUACGAGACCAAGAUUCCUCAUCCUUGGGAAAGUUCGAUGUGGUCACAGCCAACCCACCGUACCUCAGCCGAAAUGCUGGAAAUCUGCCGGACAACUCCCAGAAGGCGUACUGCCGACAUGAAUUGCGAGGUGGUGUUGCAGAGUUCUGCGCAGUUGCCAAAGAUGCAAUGGCACCUGGAGCUGUGUUUUGCAUGGUCUUCACGACAGAUGCAUCACUUCCAGAUGUGCUGCAAGCGUUGCAGCAGUACAGCUUCGCUGUGCAGCGAAGAGUAGACGUCCUUUUCCGCGGGAAUCUAAAGAGCGUGGCAGUGGUUUGCUCUCUUGAGCGUGGAUGUACCAGACCUGCGGUCGACACCUUGAAUGUGCAAGAGGAAGAUGGCGCAUGGUCUUCCGACUACAUUAGCCUUUGUGCUGAGAUGGGACUCUGA